AUGAUAGUGACUCCUCUUCACCCAGGGCUUCAAUCGCCGUUCCCAGCCCGCCUACAUCGCUUCCAUCUUCGAAGUACAUGCCCAAGUGAGAUCAACUCUAAUGUCUUCCCUUCACCAUUCACGAGGUCAUCGGCUGACAACCCCUCAAACCAGGUUCCAGCGACCAUGAACGCUGCGUAUGGGUUCCAGUCUGUUACCUCUGGAAUCAACUGUGCCGGUAUCGAUGGCAACACUCCACUUGAACACGAGUUGUUCAUAACCUACUAUGCCGCUCAAGGCGUUGGUUUGAGCGUUGGCAACAUGCACUACACUUCGGGCAAAUUCUUGCCAUUGAACAGUGAUCCCACCCCUCAAAUAGUUACCGAACUCAGUCACCAUAUUCCUGCAGGUGACGCAGACAAUUUUUCAGGAUCUUUGCUGAACAACGUAGCCCUCAAUUCCAUCGGCAUCGUCGUCAGCAAGCGAGUCGUCCAAGAAGAAGCACACGAAGGAAAACCGACCUGUGUUUUUGUGAUGCGACAUACCGAUUAUAACCCGAUGACUGGGAAACUUUGCAAGUUCCUGCUUGAGUAUUGGUGCCGUCCUGUUUGUAAUUUAGUUAAGGCUAUGAACAUCAUUCAGUUGGGCAAAGAGAUGAGUGUCCACGGUUACGUCGUCGGAAAAGAUAUUCAAACCGACAUGCGUGGCAACAAGGAAGUUAAGAUGUAUACUUUCCAAGUUGAAGUCUAUUCGAUUUCCGUAGCAACAGGCCAUGAAACCGUCAGGGCAGGUGCCAAUCUCGCUACGCCGAAUGCAACAAGCCUGACCAAAGGGGGUAGGGUCAGACUUCAACGUGCUACGGACAAUCCAUCAUCAAGCGGGCCGGCUAGCUCGCCCACCCCCGGAUCGAGUUCAAACGCUUCGCUCACUCUGGCAGGAUUUUUGAGCCCCGUGCCCUUAUACGGGUUACCGCAGCCGACUCCUGAGAACCAGGCUGAAUUAGCGUCAUACUUGCAUCAAGUGUCCACGCUUCCGGGUAAUGAAAAUGUCAACCCUUCGGGUAAUUCCAAUGAAGCGGGUCCCAGCACCACACAACCAAUGGGCCGAGCGAGUAAACGCGGCAGAUUGUAA